AUGGCGAGAGGAAAUCCAUGGCGAGAGGAAACCCAGGGGGAGAGGAACCCAGGUUUAAGAAACCCACGGGAAGACGAACCCAGGCCGAACGGAAACCCAGUGGGAGAGGAACCCAGGCCGAACGGAAACCCAGAGGGAGAGGAACCCAGGCCGAACGGAAACCCAGAGGGAGAGGAACCCAUGGCGAGAGGAAACCCAUGGCGAGAGGAAACCCAGGCCGAGAGGAACCCAGGCUUAAGAAACCCACGGGAAGAUAGAAACCCAUGGCGAGCGGAAACCCAGGGGGAGAGGAACCCCGGCCGAGCGGGAACCCAGGGGAGACGAGCCUGGGGGAAGAUAGAAACCCAUGGCGAGCGGAAACCCAGGGGGAGAGGAACCCCGGCCGAGCGGGAACCCAGGGGAGACGAGCCUGGGGGAAGAUAG